AUGGAAUAUAAACGCCUAGAGUAUAUGAAGAUGACGAUAGAAAUGAAGAAUGACUCAGAGUACUGGUACAAGAAGGGAGGGAUGAAGCGGUAGUCGGCAGAGCAGGAUAAAAAAGAUUCUGAGUUGGAGAGAGCACCGAUGACAGACGAGGAGAUGGAAAUCUAAGCUAAAGAGAAAGAUGUUCAGGGUGAGGCAAUUGAUGGUAAGGUGUGGGGUAUCCAAGACAAGAUUUCAUACUGGGAGGAGCCGCGGCACGUUCACUUUGUCAUGGAGUCCAAGUACUGGGAGCUGAUGUAUGGAUACUUGGGGGUUUAUCUGACUAAGUGUUUUAAUUAUGGAGUUUAUGUGUUCUUCUAG